AUGGAUGAUUUUCCAGAUGAGGUAUUUCUACAAAUGUUUCGAUAUGUACCCAUCUUAGAUUUAUUUCGCGGUUUCUACAACUUAAACUCGCGUCUCAAUCGUAUCAUAGGUGAAAUACGCAUUCAUAUUCAUUCUGUUUUGAACGAAGAAGAACAAGGAUAUAUUCUUCCAAAUAUUUGUCCAGAACAAAUACGUUCGUUCUGUGUUUAUGAAGAUCAAUAUGAAUUUCUAAAGCUAAACCAAUGUAACAAUAUUCGUCAAUUAGAAUUUGGAUGUCGUUCGAGACAUACUCACGAAACAUAUGUACAUCGUCAACUGAUACAUGUACAACCAGCCGUAUUUCCGCAUCUAAGAAAAUUAACAAUUUAUCAACAAUACUGGUCAUCGAAAUAUCAACAACUCUGUACAGUGAUAUUCAGUAAUCAAUUUCCAGUAUUAAAAUAUGUGUAUCUACCAUAUGCCAAUGGUAGUUGUGUACCUAGAAUAAGAACUUGGUCAACCAGUUUAAAUAAUGUUUCGAUUGAAUGUUGUAAUAAAUCGAUGUUUUAUCCAUUACUUGACAAUUUACCAAAUUUGAAAUAUUUUACUUGUACACUUGGUACAGACAAUGUGGAAACAUUGGAACAACAAUGUUUAUCAUUAAAAACAAUAAAUUUAACAACGUAUGAUCAAGAUUCUUUAUUUGACAACAGGAAUCUGAUGGAAUUUGAAGAAAUGAAUAAUUUAUACCGUUGUUUGCCAAAUUUGGAAGAUAUAUACAUUUCUAUGCGUUGUUAUUACGCAAUAGAUGAAAUAAUUAAUCGUUUACAUGGUGUUCUAUCAAACUGUCAAAAAUUAAAGAGUUUUGAGUGUCAAAUUAGAUACUCAAGGAGUAGCUCACCUCAAAUAUCAUUAAAUCAAAUUAUGAAUCGAUAUCCUUUAUUUCGAACCGCUGAUUAUGCCACUUGGGAAGACUCUCGGAAUAAAAUGUUUAGAAUUCAAAGUCGUUAUUGA